AUGUCAAGACCUUUCCCUUCUCCUGAACUCUUGAUGCUGGGCGCCGGGUCCUGGCUCUGUUGGGAUAAAAACCUUAACCCCGAUUGGGCGUUCUUCUUGGAUCUCGGCAGGCAGCGAUCAUUGCUAGGUGGCACAGCUCACCAGGCCUCGCAGGAGUCGUUGGAGGCCUCAGUUCGCCUUGCUAGGCCAGUUUGCGAGGCUGAGUGGAAACAGUAUAAAAGGCCUUUAUUCACUCUACUUCCUCUUGAAGAAACCAUUUCGCGAGCAAAAGCUCCAAAAACGAUAGAAUACCUCCAAGGAAAUCCUACAAUAUUCCAAUUCGAUCCUGACCCAAAGGACGAUUUCACAGAGGAAAUCACGAUCGACCCUCAGCUACUAAUACUCACCCCGUCACCCGAGGCUGAAACAGGAGUUUAUUACAACUCUCAGAUAUCAAACGGGCUGCAAGAUAUAACACAAGACGACUCCUACUCCCUUUCAGGAUCGUCGUUAGAUCAUUCCUCUUCUCCUUUGGCAGGUUCCAUAAUUGAGGAUUUCUUGCUUAGUACGGCAGAUAAAGCGCAGACAGCUUCUCCCGUACAAGAGCACGACCUUUCAACAUCCGGACAAAAUCCGGCCCACUCAUUAGGAAAAAAUCACUCUGUGAAACUUUCCUGCUCGGGUUGUGGGAAAGUGUUUGAACUUCCAUGUCACUUGAGGAAACAUGAGAAGUAUCAUAUAAAAAGUUGGCCAUGUAAGGUCCGGAAUUGCACCAAGCAAUUCUCUCGCGAAAGGGACCUCAAGAGACACCUGGGAGCUAUCCACCCGGAAUCAUUUCCGGAGCUAGCAAAAACCUAUCAAUGUCCCAAGGGAGAUUACGAGACCGGUCGAGGAGAAAACCUGAAGAGGCAUAUGGAAACGAAACAUCCAAAUGAGCCGAUUCCCAAGAAUUGGAGACAGGUUUUUCUGAAACGACAAUGA